GCCCGCCCGCGACCACGUGGGGCGGCGGCGGCCGCGGCGGAACGCACGCUGGGCGGCGCGCGGCCCGCCCGAGCCUCUGCCGCGGGGACGCCGGCGGAAGUGGGGGCGCCGGCACGCAGGCCUCGGAUGGUCUGAACCUUGCUAACACCAUCUCCCCUGGCCUGACGGACAUCAGCUGGUCGUCCUUCAGGAUCUACCCAAUCCAGAGCCAGUAGCUCUUUGGUCCGUUAUCAGCAGCCCGGACAAUGCAGACGCCACUGCCCAGUCCUGUGCCCGUGCUCCGGCUGCCCCGGGGCCCCGAGGGCUUGAGCAGAGGCUUUGCCCCCGAUGGACGAAGGGCCCUCCUGAAGCCAGAGGUUCCUGGAACCCCGGAGUCUCCUGUAGUUCACGAAUGUCAGGAAUCCCAGGAACAGCGGGCCCGAGCCCUCCUCCGGGAACGCUACCUCCGCAGCCUGCUGGCCAUGGUGGGUCGCCAGGUCAGCUUCACCCUGCAUGAGGGUGUGCACGUGACCGCCCACUUUGGAGCCACUGACGUGGAGGUGGCCAACUUCUACGUGCUGCAGCUGCAGACGCCAAUAGGCGUGCAGGCGGAGGCACUGCUCCGGUGCAGUGACAUUAUUGCAUACACCUUCAAGCUGUAAAGACAUUGUGGGCCCAGCCAGGUUCCCAGGCUUCCAGCAGUUCCAGAUCUCUGGGCCUCAUAGAGUUCGGAAUUCCCUUGGGGUUUUGGGCCAAGCUCCAAGCAACUGACUUCUUCAGGUCUCCAGUGUCUCCAGUAAAAUUCUGCAACCCCACAAGUUCUAGAUCGCAUUGAAAGGAAUGCUCUACCUCACAGAACUUUACACUCGAUAGAAAUGUGGGUCUUGGGGCGGUUCCCGAAGACUGGAGGUGGGUGGGGCCGGGGAGGGGGCAGUGGGAAUAAAGGAAGGCAAAUUGCA